CUUGCCUCCUUGACUCCACAUACUUACUUACGACAGUAAUGUCGGUUCCAACGUCAAAGAUCGAAGAAAUAAUAGACACUACACAGGAUUCCGAUGCUCAAGAUGACUCUGACGAUAACAUAGCAGUAGAAAAUGAACACGAUGACGCGGAACAUCAACAAGGUCCUUCCUCCUCUACAGCUUCUUCAUCGAAGAAGAAGAAGAAGAAAAGGUCUAAAGCCGCCAAAGCUCUCAAUGCUUUGACUGGAAAAUCGAUACCACAAGCUCUUGUAGAUCAAGUGCUAGACACUGUAAAAGCUGAAGGAGGUGAAGGAAGCGAGCAGGCCAAUGCGGAAAAUGUGAGGCAAGUGUUGGAGCAUAUGAAGAUUAUGGAGAUCGUGAAGGGUAAGGCUGGUCUUGGAGGACUAAAUAAGAAAGAUAUGGGAGAACACAAGUUCUGGUCAACUCAACCCGUACCUCAGUUAGGAGAAGGCCCUCCCGAAGAAGAUGGUUAUAUCGAGCCUUCCAAGCCUGCAGAUGAAGUACGCCAGGAGCCGUACCCUCUCCCGAAAGAUUUCGAAUGGUCAAUAAUAGAUAUCACCGACCCCGCUCAGGCUACGGAAGUGCACGAACUAUUAUCUCUCCACUACGUGGAAGACGGUGACGCUACGUUUCGUUUCAAAUACAGUACCGAAUUCUUACAAUGGGCACUACAAGUCCCUGGCUACCGAAAGGAAUGGCACGUUGGAGUACGAGUCAAAUCGAAUAAAAAACUGGUCGGAUUUAUAUCUGGAGUACCUAUGCUUCUACGCGUUCGGAAAAACAAAUUCAUGUCUGCAGAGAUCAACUACCUCUGCGUCCACAAGAAAUUACGAUCGAAACGUUUAGCGCCUCUUCUAAUCAAGGAAGUUACACGGCAAAUCCAUCUAAAAGGCAUCUUCCAGGCCAUCUACACCGCUGGAGUAGUAGUCCCUACUCCAGUUUCAACAACACAAUACCAACAUCGGAAUCUCAAUGUCACCAAAUUGAUCGACAUACAGUUUUCCUUCGUGCCCCGAAAUAUGACCUUGGCUCGAAUGAUUCGUCUCAACCAGCUGCCAAAUAAACCACAACUCCCUGGAAUACGCGAGAUGACGGAAAAGGACAUUCCGCAGGUGACAGAAUUAUACGCAAGAUACAUGGAACGGUUCGACAUGGUUCCAGUCAUGGAUGCCCAAGAGAUCAAACAUCAGUUUCUGAGUGGAGCUGGAAAAGCCGGAACCGGGGACAAGUGGAGACGAGAGGGGCAGGUUGUAUGGGCCUAUGUGGUCGAGGAUCAGGAUACCCACAAGAUAUCUGAUUACAUGUCUUUCUACUCUCUGCCUUCCACGGUUAUCAACCACCCCAAACACGGUGUACUCGAAGCGGCAUAUCUCCACUAUUAUGCCUCAGAUACAGGCGCAAAUGCAGACGAAGACAGUACUCUAAAGGAACGAUUACAACACUUGAUAGGUGAUGCGCUGAUUGUCGCCAACAAUGCCAAAUUCGAUGUUUUCAACGCGCUGACGAUGAUGGACAACAGUCUCUUCCUUAAAGAACUUCGGUUCGCUGUCGGAAAUGGAUUUUUGAAUUUCUAUCUGUACAACUGGAGGACAGCUCCGUUAGCGGGAAUGAAAGAGGAAAAUGGUGUUCCUGUAGGAAGAGGAAUUGGUGUAGUGAUGGUAUGAGUAGAUUAUACCAAGUUGCUCGAAAGGUAAUGAUGUGGCACGAGAGGGCACGAGCAACGAUAAAUUUAAGCACUCCCAGAAUGUGGCGCAAUGCGUCAUAAUUUAUGACUUGGAUGCUCAUAACUUAGCUCAAUGAAGAUGUCAUAGUUUUCUCAACUAAUAUUUAAGCAAACUUGCAGAUGC